CCGUUGUGGAUCGGCAAAAAUCACAGCGAAGGCAUUGACACAUUCGAUGUAGGAGUUCAGUGCGUUCAAUGUUCGGCUAAAAGGUUAGCUCUGCAUUUAGCUGAAUUUUCGUCGUCGAUAGUUGGACGGUCUUUGGAAUUUGUGGCAGUGAAAAAUUUUGGCAAAGAACUCGGAAAUGACGACCACCACAAUAAAUGGACCGCGCGGUAAAUUUAAUUUUAUUUUUCAUUCGGCAAAAUCACAACGAAGGUAUUUACUCGUUCCGUUCGAGUUAAAUACGUCGUAUGUUCGCCGAUAAAGAUAGUUUUGAAUUUGACUGAAUUACUUUCAUCGACAGUUUGACGGUCAUUCCAUUCUCUUGUGGCGAAAAAAUUUACGAAGAACUUGAAAUCAACAACGUUUGCGCGCUGAAUAUUAAAGCUUGAUUUAGCUUAAGCUUAUAUUUUUCGAUCGGCAAAGUCACAACGGCGGCAUUGAUGCAUUCGUUUAGAGUUUGAUACGUCCAGUGUUUGGCUAAGAGACUGACUCUGAAUUUGAUUGAAUUCAUCCAAUCGAACGUUUGACGGUCAUUCGAUUCUCCUGCAGUGAUAAAUUUUAUAAAGAACUGGACAACAACGACAUCGGACGAGCGUUUGCAAAAUCCAACGGCUUUCGUUUCAAAACUGUUUAGCGGUAAGUCCAAUUUUCGAUCGAGGGACUAGCUUCUCAUUAAAUUGAAUGCAUCCCAGAGAAACUUUGACGGUUAUUUAAUUCCUGUGCUGUGAAAAACUGAUUGAACUAAUCCGAAGUAAGCUGUUGACGGUUAUUUUAAAAAGUAGUGAAAAAUAAGCAAACUUCCUCUCAAUCAACAUCUCAUCCUCAUAGAAGUUCAGAUAGAAACAAAGCACCGGUCAGGCAGGAUCUCUGACAAAUAACUUACUUAACUUUCAAAAUAACGUCUGUAAGGCAGCGAAACUUUCACUCAAUAGACAGUGUUGACAAACUUAAGUUGAGGACCCACCCUCAAUCUGUGCGGCUUUAGUUGGAAUGCAUAGACACGUGACCAGCCGCAACCAGGGUACUUUCUCGAGGCUAGAGAGAGGACCCUAGGAACGAGGUUGGGUAAGGCUAGUGACUAGUGGGGUCCUUGAAGUGCCUUGGCGUAAAUAUUUGUAAUUGACAUUUAAGGUGGCUGGCAACAGUUUCCAGCACUUUCAGCAGUUAUACUUUGACUCAUCAAUACUACCUCUGUUAAACAUCAACCGAUGCUACAAUAUUGGUAUCACUCGAAAGCCCAAUCAUUGGUAAACAAGUUGUGGCAUCAUCAGGGCAUAAUAGGUUAUCAUAGGAACUGUUAAAAACACCCUUAUUUUUAGCUUAGCUUUAUUUCUGCCCUUACCUGUAAACGUUAGUGUUUUAAUGAAACAUUGAGCUUGGCUUGUUUUGUAGUUCCCGGAUGUAACGCGGCAUGGAAGGCUCAAAACGACUUCUGUUUCAUCGUGAUCUCAAAACACAGUUCAACCUGGAAUGAAACGAAGAAUUACUGCCAAGAAAGCGGAGGGCAGCUGAUGCAUGCCACUGAUAAAAGCACUUCUCGGUUGCUUGAGCAGUUUCUGUACACCAUCCAAUUGAACUCAGAAAGUUCUUCAACUCAAUGCAUAGUAACUGGACCUGCAAACACAAGCUCCUUCUCGACACUGCCUCUUGACAAACAAUCUGUAUCUAACAGUACAACGCAUAUCUGCGCCAUUAGAUCGUCAAACCAGUGGAAAUUACAGGGAUGCAGCGUUAACAGCUGUGAUGAAUUGUGCAUUGCACCAAGAGACACAAGUCCUGUGGCUGGAACUUUCGUACAACACGCUACGGACUCCGCCGUAACAGGUCACGUGAUCACAAGUAUGUUGGUCGAUGAUGCCACGGCGUGUGCGCGUGAAUGCCUGCUGUAUCGUAACUGCGCGUCGUUCAACUACGAGUACGUACCGACAGCCGGCCGAGAAUUGUCGAGUUCAGGAAUGAUCUGUGAGUUGAAUGACGAAACAAGGAACAGUCACGAUGUACAACUUCGCAAACGGCGCGGUUAUAACUAUUAUGAAAGAUUACAGAUGUAAUGUUAGUUUUCCCCAGUUUCUUGAUAUAUAGAGAGAAUUAUUGUGUACUCGUUUUUAGUUUUGCAUUUUCUCUCUUUCUUUUAACGCGUCAGCGUUGAGCUUUAGGAUUAAGUGGACAGCAGCCUUGUUUACUAGAAACUUUAUUUGUAUGGUACCUCACUCUCUCUCGUCUCCUUCUUUCUUUCUAUCCCCGCUGAUUGUUAGGGAAUCCCUGGGAUAACUUGUGACCGUAUACAGAUCGUCCGAUAUGUGAAGGGGUUGCCUUUUUGACCAAUAACAUGAUGACAUUCCCGCCAAAAAUACAUUUCCGCCAGUCACAAUCACAAUAGCCCUUUUUUACGUUUUAACUUUCUAAGAUUAUUGUAUAAGCCAAGACGUCGGCAAGGUAAUUUCGUGAAAUUUGAGUUGCAGUUCCCACCUAAACUUGCCUGGCAUCCACGUUGGAUCACAUUGUAAUUCAAAUGAGAGCAGGUAAUCGUUAAAAAGACUAUUUAAUAAUCGAAUGCUAUUCUUCCCCGUUUGCGCUAUCGGCUACAUUUCGUGCGCUUGCCAGAACUUGCAUGUUUUCUCCCACGUACAUCUGAUUGCAUCUUUCGGUUCAAAUCCGAUUGAGUUCAACGUAUUUCAAGGUGUUUUGUAGUAUUUUCUGGCUCUAUAAUGACAUUUUAAUAUGGUAAAAAGGUUGAGCAACUUUCUAGCCCUAUAAUUAUGUAAUAACAAUACUUUGCGAUGAUAAAAUUUCAAAA